AUGGCUUCACUUACUAAGGGAAGCAUCCCGGAUCCGACUGCGGACCUCCACUGGUCUGAUUUCAAGGGACCCAUCCACGAGAUCUUCGCAGGCAAUGCUCGCAAGCAUCCCGAGCGGCCAUGCGUGGUAGAGACGGCUACCAGCAAGACACCCGAGCGCAACUUCACAUACAAGCACAUAUUCGAGGCUACCUCGGUACUAGCCCAUCAUCUGGUGCAAAAUGGCGUGCAGAGAGGGGAGGUAGUCAUGAUCUUCGCCCAUCGUGGCGUGGACCUAGUGGUCGCCAUUAUGGCUGUUCUGGCGGCAGGAGCGACCUUCUCAGUACUAGACCCGCUAUACCCCCCAGACCGCCAAUGCAUCUAUCUCGAAGUCUCCCAACCACGCGCACUCGUAGUCAUCGACAAGGCCAUCCGUGAAGCCGGCCCCAUCUCAGAGCAAGUGAGGGACUACGUCAAGGACAAUCUACAACUGCGGACAGAAGUCCCCGCGCUCGAGCUCAAGGACGAUGGAACCCUCGUGGGAGGCUCCAAGGACGGAAAGGACGUGUUGGAGGAACAACAGAAGCUCAAGGCCGAGUUGCCAGGAGUGCUGGUCGGUCCAGACUCAACACCCACACUUUCCUUCACAUCAGGAUCAGAAGGAAAGCCCAAGGGUGUCAAGGGCCGGCACUUUUCGCUAACACACUACUUUCCAUGGAUGGCAGAGACAUUCGGACUGUCUGAAAACGACAAGUUCACCAUGCUCUCUGGCAUCGCCCACGACCCUAUCCAGCGAGACAUCUUCACACCACUUUUCCUCGGUGCACAACUACUAGUACCCAGCAAAGAGGACAUACAGCAUGAGAAGCUCGCCGAGUGGAUGCGCAAAUAUGGCGCGACAGUCACACAUCUGACACCCGCCAUGGGUCAGAUUCUUGUCGGAGGCGCUUCAGCUGUCUUUCCAAGCCUGCAUCACUCCUUCUUCGUAGGCGACCUGCUAAUCAAGCGCGAUUGCAGGAGGCUGCAGAACUUGGCACCCAACGUACGCAUUGUCAACAUGUACGGAACCACAGAGACACAAAGAGCUGUCAGUUACUACGAGCUACCGAGCUGCUCCGAAGCGCCCGAGUUCCUUGAUACCAUCGGUGAAGUCAUCCCGGCUGGUCGUGGCAUGAACAACGUUCAGCUUUUGGUAGUCGACCGCGAAGAUCGCACAAAGGUUUGCAAGCCCGGUGAGAGUGGUGAGAUAUACGUGCGGGCCGGUGGUCUGGCCGAGGAAUACCUGGGUCUGCCCGACUUGACUGCUACCAAAUUCGUCGACAACUGGUUUGUGGACCAACAGAAGUGGGUAGAUGAAGACAAUAAAAAGGUGGAAAGCCAAGGAGCCGCUGAGCCAUGGCGAGAGUUCUACAAAGGUCCACGCGACAGACUCUACCGCUCUGGAGACCUGGGCCAUUACUCUGAGGAUGGUAACGUACACUGCACAGGCCGAGUCGACUCGCAAGUCAAGAUUCGCGGCUUCCGUAUCGAGCUUGGUGAGAUCGACUCGCAUCUCUCUGCUCAUCCUUUGGUGCGUGAGAACGUCACACUGUUGAAGCGUGAUGCCUAUGAGGAGCCAACACUAGUCAGCUACAUCGUUCCUGAGAUGAAGCGUUGGUACGACUGGCUCGAGGAGCGCGGUGCGAAAGACAGUGAUUCCGUCGAUGACACCAGCAUGGUCACUUUAUUGAAGCGCUUCAAGUAUCUGAGAGACGAUGUGCGAGAGCAUCUGAAGAAGAAGCUCCCUGCAUAUGCCGUUCCGUCAAUCAUCGUCCCACUCAUUCGAUUCCCGCUCAACCCGAACGGCAAGAUUGAUCGACCGGCACUGCCCUUCCCAGAACCAGCGCAUCUAGCAGCGGCAGGUGCAAGGCGACCUUCACAGUUGGGUGCAGCCUUGACGCCAACUGAGAAGACCAUGGCCGGUAUCUGGGCUGAGCUUCUGGGCGACCGCGGUGUGACAGCCGACGGAAUCAGCGGAAGUGAUUCCUUCUUCGACCUCGGAGGCCACAGUAUCAUCGCUCAGCAACUGCUCUUUAAGAUCCGGCAAGAAUGGAGAGACAUUGAUGUACCAAUGACCACAAUCUUUCAGUACCCAACGUUGCGCGGCUUCUCGGCAAACAUUGACCAGGCUAUGGACCCUAUUGGUCUGCGUCUGGACACUGCAGAAGCCAUUGAUGAGGAUCCAGAAGACGAGGCCUACUCUGCCGAUGCCAGAGAACUCGCUAACCAACUGACCGAGUUCAAGACUAAAGAGCCGCUGAAUCCCAAGGAAGAAGUACAUACUUUCCUCACUGGCGCGACAGGCUUCUUGGGUGCUUACAUUCUACGAGACGUCCUAUCGAGGCCCGGAAAGGUUACAGUACUCGUCCGUGCAAAAGACAUUGAUGCUGCACUCGGCCGUGUCAGGCAAACCUGCUCUGCAUAUGGCAUCUGGGAAGAUAGCUGGGAAUCACGCCUGGAGCCUCUCGUGGGCGAUCUAGAAAAGGAGAACUUUGGCCUUGAACCGAAUACUUGGAACAAGCUUGUAGACUCUGUCGAUGUUGUCAUCCACAAUGGCGCAUUGGUACACUGGGUAUUGCCAUACUCACGUCUUCGCGGACCUAACGUCAUCUCCACCAUGACCGCUCUCUCAAUGUGUGCUGCGGGCAAGCCCAAGAACUUCGGUCUUGUCAGCUCGACAUCAGUGCUUGACACGGACUACUUUGUCAAGUUGUCCGAGAAGAGUCUGGCCAGUGGUGGGACAGGCGUUCCUGAAGAAGACGACCUGGAAGGUGCUCGCAAAGGCUUGGGCACUGGUUACGGUCAAUCUAAAUGGGCAGCUGAGUACCUCACACGACAGGCUGGUCAAAAAGGGUUGAGUGGCUGCGUCAUUCGUCCCGGCUAUGUCUUGGGAGACCCAGAGUACGGCACCACCAACACCGACGACUUCCUCGUGCGUAUACUCAAGGGUUGCAUCCAACUCAAAUCACGACCCGACAUCACAAACACCAUCAACAUGGUUCCUGUGACUCAUGUUGCUCGCGUUGUUGUGGCAUCCUCGUUCAACCCGCCCAUCGCGCCCCUAGGAGUCGCGCAAAUCACAUCACACCCCCGUAUCACCUUCAACGAGUUCUUGGGAGCCCUUGAGAACUUUGGAUACAAUGCUCCUCUUGUCACCUACCCAGAGUGGAAGCAAAACAUGGAAGCCUAUGUGUCUGACCGCUCUGGUACGAAAGAGGAGAACGCUCUCCUACCGCUGUACCAUUUUGUUACUGGAGACCUGCCUGCUGAUACCAAGGCACCUGAACUCGACGACAAAAAUGCGGCGGAAGCAUUGAAGAAAGAUCAAGCAUGGACAGGCGAGGAUUGGAGCAAGGGCGGUGCGGUGACGGAGGACACUGUAGGUGUGUACGUCAGUUAUCUGAUCGAGCUGGGCUUCAUGCCGAAGCCGGAGAAGAAGGGCAUCAAAGAGCUGGUCAUGAGCAGACUGACGGAUGCUAUGCGGGAAGGUAUGAAGCUGGUUGGCGGUCGAAGGGGUGUCUAG